AUGGCUCAGCAAAAGUUCUUCUCCGGGCUGACGGAGGGCAUGAUCAAUCGGUCCGCCGGUGAGCGUCCAGAUCGACAAAAGACACACUUCUUCUGGCCGGACGAGUACGCGCCGGAUGUAGAAGCGCCGAAGAGGAAGGAGAAUGCUCCAAAUCCUCCUCAACGGCCCAUCAAUGGGAAAGUUCACGAGCACGAGCAGCGUGAUCCAGAUCCGGCACCGGCAACCCGUGGUCACCAGCAGAAGAACACAGCGUCACACAUUCAGUUCUACGAUGGCGUCGAGUCAUCGUUCGGUGAGCUGGAGCGCUCGAAGGCACACGAGCGGCGUCGCAUCGAGCAGUUUCUACGUCAGCAGUCCGAAGAGGACACGGGCGAGGCGGCACGCGCCAAACGACUCAGCACGCUGCAAUCCAAGAUCGAGUUCUACGACUACCCGCCAGAAUCGGUGGCUGCCGGGGAGCCGCGCGUCAUCAUCCACCGGUUCGGUGGGUCGGCCCGGUCGGUGCAAGAGUCCCCACCAAGGAGCAGAGCCGCCAGCCGCCAGGAUAUCGACACCACAUACCAGGACGAAGAGUUCGAGUUUGACGACCGCAGCAGCAUACGCUCGAGCGCAUCGUCCUACGCACCAAGCUGCUACCGCCGGACGUCGCAUGUUUCUGACCUGCCCGAGCACAAGCGCAACUCUCAGCGCCACCUGCGAUCGAGCAUCAACUUCCACAACGGCUGCACGAUCGCCGACGACAGCGAGGCCCCGCGGAAGACCGUGAGCGUUCGCGAAUCGGCCACAUCGCGCGUUGGCGUUGGCCUACCCAACCUCUAA